GUCUGGGGAACUGAUUCUUGCAAUCUUGCAUCUGCGCCGCACAGUUUGCGUAGACCAACUUAAAUAUUCAUCUGCUGGGGGGAGAAAGGUGAUAAGACUGCACAAUCCUAUGACAACUACGACCUCUCGGCCGGGUUAAACAGAAUCAGCUUAAAAAAACUUUUUUAUUAUUGUAUCUUCAGCUUUUUGCAUGCUUUAGUCAGUAAGAGUAUUUUUGCACCGAGUAAAAUUACAAAAUGAGUUUGGAAAGAUUGUUCCAGCAGAUAAUACAGUCUGAACAAACAGCUGAAAACCGGAAAGAAAGUAUUGUGAGAAUUAAGAAGGAGAUUUCAGACUGUCAAUCUGAUCUUAAAUCCCUGAAAGAGUCUUGUGUAUCAUCGAAGGGCAGGCUGCAUGUCUUUGUUCGACAAUAUCAUGAGGAAGACGCAGAAUGUAGAGUUUUGCUCCAGCAAAAAAAGGGUUUGCAGGAGAGAAAAAUAGAAAUCGUAAAAGAGAUUGAUCAAUUGAAAUUUGUUGUAGCAGAAAAGGAAAAUAUCUUGGAAAAAUUAAAAUCUGAUUUUUCAAAAAAUGUUUUGGAGUUUUGUGCUCAAUAUGAUCUUACUGGUGUCGGAGCUCAAAAACGCAAAGAAGAGAAAAGUUUUGAGCUUGAGAAAAUUGAGAGUGAAAUUGAACUAGCUGAAACAAGAUUACAAGAAUUGAAAUUUGAAGAGGAAAAAGCAACAGAAUUGAUGGAACAAAAAGCUUGUUUUCAGGCAGAAAUAUCUCAACUUCAAUCUGAAAUUAUAGAAGUUGAUUCAAGUUUAGAAAGGAAACGUCAAGAGACCUUGAAUACAAUUGAAAAAGUGAAUAAGUUCAGGUCAGAAAAUCACAACGAUCCUGAGUUAAUUCAGCUUCAAAAAGAAUUAGAUUCGAUUAAAAACCAAGAAUUAGAAGGAAAGAUAAGGAAUUUAAAAGCUGAAUUAAACAGAGUAAAGCGAAGGCAAUGGCAAGAUAGUUUACGAAACCAGGGUUCAUACCAAAAUAACAGACCUUCAGCCGGUGGAUACAAGUUCCGUUCUGUCAACCAUGAGUAGAUUGUUAUUAAUCUACCCUUGUGAGCCGAUAUUUCAUGUAUUUAAUAUAGAAGAACAGCAUUUCUCUGAUGUGGAAUUUAGAAUUUCCUAUUUAUCCCUAGGUCAAAGUAAAGACAAUAAACUGGUGGACAAUAUAGUUGUUCACUAUCAAAAACCAUAUAUGCUGGUUUACCUAUUAAACAUUUCAAUUGUUUUGUAUUGUUGCCAAUCAACUGUUUUUACUGUUUUAUGUCAGUAAGAGGAUAGUCUUUUGGGACCUCCCGAAGUAUGCGCACCAAGAUGGCGCACAACCGAACAUAGUAUGUGUGUACCGGUUAGGGUUCAGGUUGUGCGACAUCUUGGUGCGCAUACUUCUGGAGCCCCGUCUUUUGUUCUCAUCUGAAUGUGUGUUGUUCAAUUCUUAUGUGAAAUAAGUAGCUCAAAGAUAGUAGAGUAGUUAAAAACCAUUGUGGUUUGCUAUUUACUGUUGCUCAAACCGUGCUAUUAAAUAGU